GUGGAUUCCAAAGCUGACUUAAAUAAAAAAGUGUUGAGAUGAAUGAUGAAGGGGAUCUUCUGCAGGAGGAUACAGCAAGAGAUGAAGUUAAUGAGACUGAAGCCAGUAGAAUGAGUAAAUUAAGAAAGACAAGAAAGAAAGUCACUAAGCCACAUGAUUAUUCAACUGAAGUGGGAGAAAUGGAUAUAUCCAAUUCAAAUGAGCGAAUCAGAAGCCAAAUGCUGUGUCACCAAUUGGGGGAUACGAGUAAACCAGUCGCAGGACCUAGUUCUUCUGAGACUCGUGUUUCGCAGGAUGAUAAGGACUCCCCGGAUCAGACAAUGGUGAUGAAACCAUUGCCUCCCCAAACAGCCAGUGUUCCUAGUGGUGAACAUAACACAAAUUCUGAUUGUACCAGGGAUAGCACUCAAAUUCUGACCCCACCUCAACUCUCUUCUAGAAUGAAGCACAUUAAACAAGAGAUGGCCAAAAAUCACCUCCAGUUUGUACAGUUUGAAGCAUCAGACCUUCAUGGUGUGUCCAGGUCAAAGAGUAUCCCUGCACACUUUUUUCAAGAAAAAGUGAUCCAUGGUGUUUUCAUGCCCAGAGGUUAUCUUGAAUUGAUACCGAAUCCUAAGGACAAUGAAGUGAAUCACAUAAGAGCCACGUGUUUUAACAAUGACAUAGUCCUGAUGCCAGAGUUAUCAACCUUUAGAGUUUUGCCAUGGGCUGAGAGAACUGCAAGAGUGAUAUGUGACACUUUCACUGUGACUGGUGAGCCUCUGUUGACAUCCCCAAGGUACAUUGCAAAGAGGCAACUGAAUCAGCUGCAGGACUGUGGCUUUUCCCUCCUCUCUGCCUUCAUCUACGAUUUUUGCAUUUUCGGAGUGCCUGAAAUUAUCAACUCAAAGACCAUAUCUUUUGCUGCUUCAACAUUAGUAAAUAAUCAUGACCAGCCAUUCAUGCAGGAACUUGUUGAUGGCUUAUAUCACACUGGAGCCAGUGUUGAGAGCUUUUCCUCCUCUACCAGGCCAGGUCAGAUGGAAAUUUGCUUUCUCCCUGAAUUUGGUAUAAGUUCAGCCGAUAAUGCAUUUACUCUCAGAACGGGCGUCAAAGAAGUGGCAAGGAAAUAUAAUUACAUUGCCAGCUUCUUCAUUGAGACUGGAUUCUGCAAUUCAGGAAUACUGUCUCAUAGUCUCUGGGAUGUUGAUGGGAAGAAAAACAUGUUCUGCAACAGUUCUGGGGUUGAACAGCUCACAAUCAUUGGGAAAAAAUGGUUGGCAGGACUCCUGAAGCACUCUGCUGCUCUCAGCUGCCUGAUGGCACCUGCUGUUAGCUGCCGAAAGCGUUAUUCCAAAGAGACCAAGGACCUGAAGGAGAGCGUGCCUACGACAUGGGGAUACAAUGAUAACAGCUGUGCUUUUAAUAUCAAGUGCCACGGUGACAAAGGUGCCCGGAUAGAAAAUAAACUAGGUUCUGCAACAGCAAACCCAUACCUGGUACUGGCUGCCACUGUUGCUGCUGGCUUAGAUGGACUUCAAAGCAACCUUGAUGACUUGGCUGGUCCAGAUGACAGCACAGACCUUUUCCAGUCAGAACCAUCUGAGAUUCCUCUGAAACUGGAAGAUGCCCUUGUGGCACUGGAGGAAGAUGAAUGUCUGAGAGAGGCUCUGGGAGAAACUUUUAUUCGAUAUUUUGUGGCCAUGAAGAAAUAUGAGUUGGAAAAUGAAGAAACAGAUGCUGAGAGAAAUAAAUUCUUGGAGUAUUUUAUUUAGAAUAGAACUGUUAGCUAUUUCUUUAGGGAUGUGGUUAUUUAUUAACAUAUCUACCAGAAAGAUGAAGAUUGAACUCUUGUAAUUAAUAACAGCAAGACCAUAAAAGCUAUUGUUCUUUUUUGUCUCCAUGUAACAUAUGACAGAUAAAGUGGGCCUGCUGAAAGAAUUCUGAUUACUGAAACAAACAAUAAAGUUGUGGUGAAGCUGUGAUAUGCAAUCUUA